UCAAUAUCAAACCAUCUGAAUAUGACUAUGGUAGAACAAAGAUUUUCAUCAAAAACCCUCGAACAUUGUUUGAUUUAGAAGAAAGRCGUAAACAAUCCAUGGAAAACCUUGCUGUGGUCAUUCAAAAGACAUUCAGAGGAUGGCGACAACGAACUAAGUAUUGUAAAAUGAAGAAGAGUGAGGUGAUCAUUGCCAAGUACUAUCGUUGCUUUAGGGAUAGACGGAAUUAUCUUAAGCAGCGUGAUGCAGCGAUACUCAUAGCUUCCUUUGUGCGGGGAUGGAAGGCCAGGAAGGCUUAUCGAGCAAUUUUAUAUGAAAWGCGAUGUAUCUGGGCUGUGGGGGUGAUCAAAGCAUACUUCAUUGGUUGGAGGGUUCGCAAACUGUGGCAUGCCAAAUUCCGUCGAAAUGCAGCACCUAAAAUCAUCAGGUUUAUGAGACAUUUCAUGAUUUGUCAGUAUUUGACAAGACUCAGUAAACAUCUUCCCUCAUUAAGUCCACUUGAUGGUCAUUGGCCUUCAUCGUCACCCAUCUACCGACAGACAAACUUACUUCUUAAAAAUAUCCAUCAUAGAUGGAGGUGUAAGAAAUAUCGUGAUGGACUUGAUGAAAACAGACACAGAAUCCUACAGGAGAAAAGAGARGCCAGUGACCUGUUCAAAGACAAGAAGGCUAAUUAUCCAAAAAGUGUUCCAGUGCCAUUUMGUGGUGAUCGUAUWAACCUGGAGUCAAAUCCUAAAUGGCAAAAAUUCACUGGUGGUAGUCGUGUCAUAUGGGCUGAUAAUGUUAUCAAAAUUCACAGAAACGAUGCUAAG